AUGUCACAAAUGAAACGAGGUCGCAAGAUAACGUAUACUAGCAUUGAAGAGAGGUACCAUCACUUGGAGCUGUCUACAUUACAACAACAAACAUUCAGAUAUAAUAACCACAACGUGGCGGAUAAACGUGUUGGAUCAACCAUGGUGCCAAACCGAAUUUUUGUCGGUGGUUUAGCCAAUGGCACUUCAGAACAAGAAUUGCGAAACUUCUUUUCAAUUUAUGGAGAAGUUAAAGUUGUAAAAAUUGUAAAAGAUAAAGCUGGUGCUCUCAAAGGAUUUGGUUUUAUUACUUUUGGCUCUGAAGAAGAAGUUAAAAAAAUAAUUGAUGCUGGUCCUGUUCUCAUGUUUAAAGAUAAACGUAUCAACAUAGCUCCUGCUUAUGAGAAAGAUAUCAAGAGCAAUUACGAUUCUAACAACUCUCCUCAACAACAAUCACACUUAAUGUCAUAUAGUAGUCAAGUUCAGCAGUAUUCAGUUCCUCCAUUACCAACUCCAGCUCAACCAAUGUUAGCACCAGUUAUGUAUACUUAUCAAAAUGGAAUGGCUUUUUUUAAUAUGCCAAUCAAUGGGAAUACUUCUGUAACUCCUCAACCUCCUGGUCCACAAAACUCGUCAUCAACAGAAUCCCUCCCUAAUGUUUAUGCAGCUCCUUAUGGAACACAAAGUACUACUAGCAUGCAAGGUUAUAGUGGCCAACCUAUAUUCUAUCCAAAUCCAGUACCUCAAGUUCUGGUGCAACAAGCUUACCCUAACUUACCAGUGAGCUCGGUUUGUAACAAUACUCAAGGAUCUAAGGUUCUUUUUUCGAUGCCUUGUGAUACACCUUAUUAUUCGGGAACUCAAAUGUCUAAUAUGAUACCUACUUCUGAUAUGGCCUAUCCCAUGCCCGUCAUGUCACCAUAUAUGCCUUAUAUGGUCGCAACUUCUGAUGGUGGUUAUCCAUAUUAUGAUCCAGUCAUGGAAAAUAUUCAGCUUGUUCAUCAACCAGUAUUCACUGAACAGUGCGCAAAUCCUAGGCCGCCUUCAUCAGAUGCUUCGGUAGGACAAGCUCAAGUAAUUACCACGAAUCAGUUUGUAUCACUGAUGUCCGUAGUUAGAAAUGACGAGGAAAAACCUCAGACAUAUGCACCUGAACCACAGCAGUUAUGCCUAACUCCAGUCAUAAGUUUAGCAGAGCCUCCGCCACAAACAGUCUCUCAACCAAUCGUUUCUAAACCCACCACGUCGUCUACACCGGAUCCUGAAAAAUCUGACCAAUCACCCAAUCAAUUACUUAUGACUCAAAUUCAGUAUAAUAUUAGACACCCCCCACCUUCUAUAAAUAUACGUCCAGAACAAAAGGACUGUGCUAAGCAACGUGGUGAUGCUCAUCAAUAUCAGGGAAACAACAAUAAUUUAUCUAUUAAGAAUAACAACGACUACAUGAAAAAUGGACCCAAAAAGUAUCUGGAGGCUCGCACAUUUUAUAAAACUGGGCCAACUACUAUAUCUCAUCCCAGGCAUAAUAAUAAUACUACUGGUCCUAUGGUCAAUUCAUCUUUUACUAGCCCGUUUUUUGUUCCUAAUUCAAAUUUCCGUCACCGAUUUCCUAAAAUGCACUAUCCUGCUGUUCCUCAGGUGAUGUUAAAUCCAAAUUAUCCUUAUCACAAUCAGGGAAAUGUACGCCCCUCUAAUGGCCAUCAGAUGUUCAACAACAGAGGAGCCAGGUAUGGUGGCAACAACUACCAAAGCAACAAGAAAAACUACAGUUCUUACAAGGGAAAUAGAAUCAAUCGCUAUACACCUGACCAAGGCGAUAAUCCUGAAGUUUCAAGCAGUGAAGAUAGUCGUGCAGACCAAAUAACCAGUGUUGAUAUAGGCCCCCCUCAAGUAGAAGGCAUGUGUUCGGACAUGAGGUCAAUGGCCAUUUAA